CUAUGGUGGGUCCAGACCCUCCAGCCCGCCUGGAGCUCGUAUAUACGCUGUGCUCAGCACACAAACGUCCGCACGUCUGAAUUUGGCGACAUGUACCUCCAAGCGCUUACUCACGCAAGAUUCGCUAACGUAGUCCUAGCUAUCAUGCAUGGUGAGCGGCACAUGGGAGCUGAGAUGCGGGCCGAUUUGCCAGAACAAGGUGGGGAAAAAUUGUCCUCAACAGCGACCCAGCCGCGGACUUUCUGAAGUCAUGAUGCCAUGGAGCCAUUCGAUCUUCCGGCUCCGCGUACGCGACCACCCCAACGAGAUCCACUGCGCCGGACACGAGUACCGUGAUGGGGCAGGCUACUUUUGUCCGGAGCUCGGUUCCGAACUUUACACGCAACGGCCAUGUCGGAGCAUUAACCACCUACAGGCCCAAUAUGGAAGUCCACGAUCGAUGCACUCUCGCUCCAUCAGGCCACCGCCAGUCGUACCACGCAGGUGCUGUUCCUGCGUUCGGCUCUCCACCACACCCUCGGCUACUACCACGGCUGGCUUUGAAGGUGCAGAGGAAACGCCAAUGGGGCGGUGGACUUUGCCCAGGUAUCAGCAAGCGUGACGUUGUCCAUUCCUCGCAAUUCCGGUGAGCUUAGACGCUCUCGCUUCAGAGUUCCACGCCUGGGUCUUGUCGAAACCACCAUCAACAGUACAUCGUGUGCGCCGUAUCCGGAAUGUCCUAUGAGAGCUAGCCAACAGCGAGCGAUAACCCCACUCGCGUCGGCUGUCAAGCGGUAAGUAUUACGCCAUGGUUCAGCUGAGGGGGACAACAAAGUACGCGUCCUUUCUCCGCUGCUCUAAAAUUUAUCCAACAACUGUCCUUGAAAACACGUCUGCACGUCUGCGGGGUCUAUAGCCUUCUG